UGAUGAUCAACGAUAAUAGAAACCCAGCAUUCUUUUAACAACCAAAUCAAAAUCAAUAUAAUAUCAUACUACCCAAUAGUAAUUAACCAGUUAUUGGUUAAAGAUAAGCAUAUCCUAUUUAACAAACAAACUAACCAAUUAUUUAACAGCCAUUACAAUUCUAACAAUAAUUUCCACUUCCACCUUAAGUUAAUUAUGUACCUUAAACUAUAUAAUCAAAACCUAAUGUUUUACCUACUGUCUAUUAAGAGAAACCAACACAAGUCAUAAAUAUGGAUGGUAACAAUCUAAAUUAUUUCCAAUAGAAAUUGAAGCACCAUGGAGAUUAAAGUGUGCUACUUUAGAAAGAUAAAUUUUAGAAUUGCAAAUUCAAUUGAGAAAAGGACCAGGACCUACUGAACCAGAUGCUAUUGAAGUUAUUGAUGAUACUAGAUUAAGAGAAUUAGAAUCAAAGAAGGCUUAAUUACAAUAGAUGAUAUAGGAUAGAGAUAGAGAGAUUUCUGAAUUGGAAAAUCAAAUUCAUUAAUAAUAAGAAUCAAUUGAAAUAUAAAUCUAAGAAAGAACAGUCCAUUACUCAAAUGAAAUUGAAACUUGGUAGAAGAGAUUCUAACAAUUAGAAAGAGAUUAUUAAUAAUCAUAAAGAUAAUUAUAAGAUUUAUAAGAAGAAUAAAAGAGAUUAGAGAAAUAAAAUUAAGAUGUUCAUACAUCUUAAUAAAGAGUAGGAUAAAGUAGAAAUUAUUGA